AUGUACAACCAGUUAUACAAUCUUCUGUAUAUUGGCUUGCCUACUCUGUGUCUCAUAUCUCGUUAUCAUCAGUUCAGUCAUAAGAAUCGUUCUUUUGAACUAGUUCAUUCGCGGACUAUACAUCACUAACGGACCCGCCCCGCCCGCUCUUCUUCAAUUUUCAAUAUACGAAGAAAAAGUCUAAUUGUUCAUUUUACGAAACUUGCAGUUAAAACGUGUAUAUGGGUAAUUUUCGCAAUCCGAUCAUUGUAAUACAUCCGGUAUACCGGUUAUUGAUUUUACCUGGUCUCAAUAUGAUGAAUAUUUCAAACGUGAUAGCCGGAAAAUUCAUAUCGGUUAUUCAGACCUGACAAUUAUAUGCCGUAAAAAGGAUGAAAGUAACUAUAUCAACAUUUGCAAAGUGCCUUAUUCAGUUGAAAAAGCACGUGUUUAAAUUUGUACGUCAUUUAAAAAUCGCCACUGCAAGCUGAACAAGUAAAAUUAGAGGUAAUCAAAUAUGUUCGGCAAUUUAUGGAGUCAGCUUAGUUUAAAAAAUUUUCUUGCAAAGCACGACAAUCCCUAUGUGUUCAUCUCAUCACAGUGGCAAAAUGACAAAUCAGUCCCAAAUGGAAAAUAUCUCAUCUAUCGCAUAACAGUGACAAUUUAUUUAUUCCUCACAUGGCUGUUGUCCAUUGUCUUGGAUAAUGUGGUUGAUAAAUGGCCGAUAUACUUAACAAAUUGGGGCUAUACAACAUGUACAUUACAGUCUUUGUUAGCAUCACUCAUGCUAUUAGGAAGCUAUGUAUCGAUGAGAAGAGGAAAGGGUGAACUUAUAAAAACAUUUUGGAAGGCAUAUCCUGUGUAUUGGAUAUUAAAUACUAUUGCUACGCCUACUGCAUUCGGCAUUACUACGAUAUAUUGGUCUAUUAUCUAUGACCCGAAAAAGAUGAACUUUACUGCAAUAAACUUCUUCGUUCAUGGAAGUAACUCCCUCGUUAUGUUCUUCGAUGUAUGGAUAGUGUGCCAUCCCAUCAAGUUGUUACAUUUUAUUUAUCCAAUAAUCUUCGGUGUUUUUUAUGUUAGCUUCAGUGCUGUGUACUUUGUUGCUGGGGGAACAGCCAGCCCUGGUUGGUUCUGAAAAACAGCUUGUGCUGAUGUAACCCGCCAGGGGUGGAACCAAGUACAUCUACAAAUUCGUAGACUGGGAACAUCCGUUUUCAACAAUAUUAACAUGCUUGGGAAUUACGUGUUUCCUUUUGCUGUUACAUCUGUUAUCGUACGGCCUCUCCCAGGCAAGGAUGAAAUUGCAUGAGACAUGCUGCGUCAAGAAACAUGACGUUUCUACUCGAGACCAAAGGAAAAGAGAUGCUGCCUACGUGAAUGAUGUAUUUUGUUAAUCUGUUGUUAAUACUUAUUUCAAGUUUUGUUCAUUAAUUAAAAUAUACGUUUUAUUUUUUCUUAGA